GCGAGGCGUGAAAGCGCGCGAAGGCGCGGGAGAAGUCUGCGACGUUUCCCGCCAAAUCUGCGAUGGCGCCGGUGGGUAGCGAAGGCGAUUCCCUCGCCAGCUCCAGGAGUCGCCGAGACAAGAAGGACAAGGCGGGUCGCAGCGCCGCUUUGGAGAAACUCCGCAAGGCAAAGGCCGGGGAGAAGGUCUCCUACGAGGUGGAGGACGUGACGCGUGUGUAUGACGAGGUGACGGAGGAGGAGUACUCGAACCGCGUGCGGGAUCGUCAGGACGACGACUGGAUCGUGGACGAUGACGGCAUCGGUUACGUCGAGGACGGCCGCGAGGUUUUUGACGAUGAGCUGACCGAGGAUGUCCUGGAGAGUCGCAACAGGGACCGCAAGGGCGUUGGCGACUCCCGCAAGACCGCCGGUGGCGAGGCGAAAAAAGCCGGUCACCAAAAGGACGUGGAUCUGUCCAAGGACGACCUGCUUGGGGACAUCUUGCAGGACCUACAGUCUGAGGAUGAACUUUGA